AUGUCGUCCAUUCAGGACGGCGGCAGCCAUUCGUCUGGGUCCAACAACGGAACACCAGUGCCCGGAUCGUCUGCCUCGUCAGCCACGCCGCAGUCGUCUGCGUCGGGUGGCAGCGGUGGCAGUAUCAGCAGCAGCAGUAGCAGCGGCCCCGAGGACAGCCUCAUCUGCCGCUGGAACCAGUGCAGCGAGCGCUUCACCAGUGCUGAGAUUCUCUAUGAUCACAUCUGCGAGCGUCAUGUCGGCCGCAAGAGCACCAACAACCUCAAUUUGACGUGCCAGUGGAACCAGUGUCGCACGACGACGGUGAAGCGCGAUCACAUCACGUCACACAUCCGCGUGCAUGUGCCACUGAAGCCGCAUAAGUGUGAUUUCUGCGGCAAAACCUUCAAGCGACCACAGGAUCUCAAGAAGCACGUCAAGACGCACGCUGACGACUCCGUGCUGGCACAACGGCCGGGCCAGGACCCCACGGCCGGGCUUGGCCCUGCCUACCGCACACAUCCAGCGUCCAGCUACUAUGACCACAACGGCCACAUCCGCACAAACGCCCCCCCGUUCGGUCAGCCACACCAAAACGGCCAUCCGGGCUACUACCCGGCGCAGCAGCAGCAGCAGCCGUACCCCAAUAACAUCUACUUCCCGCAGUCGCUUCAUCCCCGUGGUGAUUACAUAAGCAACCAUCAGAGCCACCAGGCACACCAUCAGCACCACGCCCAGCCACCGCAGCACCAUCUGGCGAGCGGUCCUGUUGGCGGUGGUGGCGGUGGUGGUGGCAACGGUUACGAUCCUCGACGGCGCAACCUGGACGUGAUCAACGACUUGUUUGGCGCCCUGAAGAGCGGACAGGUGAAUCCGUCCUCGUACACGCAGGUGGGCCGGUCGCUCGGGCCUCUGCAGACCGGACUGAUGGCCGGUGGCGGCGGUGGCGGCGAUGGUGGUGGCGGCGGGUUGGCGACCGACUUCAUUGGCGCGGCACAGCCUCCACAUAUGCUGGCAGCCCCCCAACAUCCCAUGGCGCAGCACUACUUUCUGCCACCUAUUCCGAGCCUGCGCACGAAGAGCGACCUGGAGGAGAUGGACGUGCUGCUGGAGCAGAUGCAGGCAACGAUCUACGAUAAUUCGGGCGCGUCGCCGAAUCCUGGUGCGGCCCACGGCUUCGACAUGCGCGGCAAUGCGACGUCGCUCAACCGGCCGAUGCUGAUCGGUGACCACUACGGCAACACGGCAGCCACGGGUGUCUCGCCGCUGACGGCCAUGUCUUCGCAGCGUUCCCAGAGCGGUGGCUCGCCGGCGGUGACGCCGCCCUCGAGCGGCACGUCCUACACGUCGGGCCACUCGCCCGGCGAUUCGAGCACGGGCAUGUCGCCGUCGAUGCGGCAGCUGCCGAUGACAGGCGUUCCGUCGUCGCUGCCAAACAUUGCGUAUCCGCAGCUGCCGACGUCGACGGGUGUGGCCUAUCCGGGGUCGACCGCGACGGCGCAGCUCGGGUCCAGCUUCACGUCGGACGAUCGGCCGCAUCGUGGCGGCAUCCUGCAAAGCUCCAGUCGCAAGGCCAGCCACGACAACAACGACAAAGUGCCGUCGCAGAGACAGGCCUCGGUCAGCUCGCCGUCAGCCGACUCAGACUCGGGCAGCGAGCCGGAGCUGUACGACCAGUGGCUGAAUAACGUGCGGGUCGUCGAAGACCUGCGGCGCUAUGUCAAGGACCGACUCGCACGGCAGGAGUACGACUACGAGCAGAGCCGGAACCGCAAUAUGCCGGAGCCACCCACAACCGGACGCACGUUUGUGAAGCAGGAGUCGCCCAUCAUGCCGCUGUACCCCGAGCUGCGGCUGUCCAGCGCCUGA